CGAGGCACGACGACAGCGACGUUCAAAGAAAGAAACCGUCAACAUCCCGGCCCGUAUUCCGACACAGCAAGCAAGGGAUGCCAUCCAGUGCCUGGGUCUGAGGUCUAGAUCCACGUCGAACAUUGUGUUGAACUAUCUGUUCAAGACAACAACUGUACCAUCUUCCUACAGACAAAUCCUGUAGCCUGCGGGACCAUACUGGAUAUGCGAGCGCGACACAGCACAUCCGACAAGGUGCGAUGACAACGGACACAUGCGCGUUCUCGUCCUGCAGCUCAACACGCACCCCACUUGCUGCUGUGCGGCAAUGGCGCUGCCGUCGGCAUCAGGAACCGCGCUGGAAUGAACCCAACACGAAUGUGUGUAACCAUCUUCGGUCACGACCCGAAGGGCAUCGCCGAAAUCAAUCAAAACAUUUGGCUCGUGAUCGAUGGAUCAUUCCACCACUCGGCUUUGUGCAAAGCUUCACACUUUCGCUCAUAUUCUGCCUACUCAUCUUCUGUCGAGGAACCAAUGCUGGCCAGGUCUAUGCCGCGACUGAGGUGUUUCCACGCGAGCUUCUGUUUGAUGGAAGCCCACCACCUCCGCUUCCUCGAAUGCUGUUAGACAAAAGGCAAGAUCAAGACAGCUCGUCUGCCUUGCCUUCAACCACCAUUCGACCCAGCGACGUCUCCAGCUCAGCUACGGCAACAGAAAGCAGUGUACAGACUGCCACAGACACUGCCACAGCUCUUCCUCAGCCAUUUGAUACCAAUCUGGGCAAUAACUUCACGACCACCACAUGCCCGACAUUCUUCACCAACUUUCUCAACAACCAGACAUUUAAAGAUUGCUUGCCGUUUUCAUUGCUCCUUCAGACCUCGAAUGGCUUCUUUACUGCGUCGAGCUCCUUGGUCCGACUCACGCAAAUACUCGAUGCAACAUGCCAAGUCGACUUUCAAACGUGCUCAGCCGUCAUGGCCGGGCUAGCAAUAGACAUUCAAACCAAUGACCAUUGCGGUCCGGAUCUUCAAAUGCUGAACCCGAUGGUCACUCAAGCCUUCAACGGCUUCAAAGCUUACAACGCCUUAUACCACGCCGGCUGCCUCACCGACUCCAGCGGAAACUACUGCUACGCCAAUGCAGCAACCAACAUCUCGGCUCCAGCGAGCAGUUACAUAUACUACCUCCCUCUCGGCGUGCAGUUACCCGGAGGAUCACGACCCGCAUGCACACCAUGUCUCCAGAACACGAUGAGGAUCUUUGCCGAAACAGCAGGCAAUUCCUCCCAGCCUCUGAGCACGGAUUACGUCCCAGCUGCCGAACAAGUCCAGAUGAACUGCGGACCUACUUUUGUCGAGUCUGCGGUGGCGACGUCUUCGACCGCCUCUCAUCAACCCGCAGUAUCAACACUCCGACUAUCAUCUCUGACGACGUUUGUCAUUCUUGUCUUGACUUUCUUUGUGUAGAAGAAAAAGCAGAAGAAGAUCAAGUGCUGAUCUAUCUCGGAACUCGGAGGGCAAUUCUUACACACAACACUUUUCUUGGGAUUGUUGUGUUUUCACAUAGGGGGGAAAGAAGGAAACAAACACCAUAGGACGACGGUCUCGGAAUAAAUUUGGAUUUAUAUAGAGAAGAAUAGUAUAAUUUGCUUUUUAACUCUUUUAUUAUAUAGAUAGAAAGAAAAUUUAAUUACUACU